CUUCAUUCCUUCUUCCCUUCUUCCCUCUUCGCAUCCUUCUUCGAAGAUCUCAUCUUCGUGUCUCCCUCCCUCAAUGCAGUCUCUACCUUUGACAAGACUGCCAACUUUACUGUUUCAGUCACCUCCCCAUCAUCGUCGUGCCGACUUGAUGGGGCCAGUGGGUUGAAGGGUUAUUCUGACCAUUCUGCGAUUUACCCCUCGGCUGUGGCAUGACAAUAAAACAAGUAGUUCCCAAACCGUUACGCCAGCAACCCUUGUCCCCUUAACCGCUUCCGCCAUGAUGCGAUCAAAAGACCCCCGUGUCCGCCAAAGGAUAAACCAACUCUCCCACAAUCUAGAAUCCGCAAAUGAAACAGCCCAGGAGGGCCUUUACACCUUUUCUCACAGCUACAUCCUGCCGUGCUUCACCGCUAUCGGGAACUGCCUCUACAGCUGUACUGCACCAUGUCUGCCCAAUCGGGAGGACCAACUGCGUCGCCGCCGACGCGGUCGCGCGGAAGCCAACUUCGACUUCUACGACGACUGGGACAAUGAGGAUUCGAACGCAGGACUCCUUGGAUGGGGCACUGACGAACUCGACCGCCUGUUGGCGGGCAGUGGCCAGCCUCGCCGCCAGAGACGAAUGAGCUAUGGGACGCGGCGGGCGCGCCGGAAGAGCACGGCUCUGGUGCAGGAUGAUCGGAAUGACCCUACUGUCAUCCCCAGCUCCUCAUUCUUGGGUUUUCUGGAGCGGUUCCCCUGGCGCGUGGGUGCGCGGGGACUGAAAUAUCGUCCCUCGGCGGCCGAUUUGCAGGAGCAUCCGGCGGGACUGCACAGACAUAAUUACGAGGACGAGCCCCUUAUGGAGGGCGCGGAGGAAUAUGAGGCCCAGUCGUCAAGAAACAAUGGUCGAUUCCGGAGUUCGACCCAAUCGUCGCGCGAGACCACAAACUCGCUGAGCUCGCGCGGCGACCUGAUCCCUAGUGACGAAGAGGAGGAUGCAGUCCCCUUGGACGAUGAGUUCGCCAUGGCGCUGGGUAGCCGUCGAGGUACUGGACUGGAUUCGAUCGAUAUGAUUGGCGAUAAGCCGGCGAGUAUGCGGUCCGCGUCGGGGACGUUCAGUCUCGGUACCACCGGGUCGUCAAAGGGAUCCAAGAAAAAACAGAAGGAAAAGAAGAGCAGCCGGCUCCGCUCCCCGCAAGAGCCUGAUUUAGAGAUUCCCGGGGACGUCAGCACACCGUCGUUAGCCGACCUAAAGAAGGAGGAGGAGCAGGCCGAGUAUGAGCAAGAAUCAGAGAUUGCACGGAAACGGCUGGCUGCGCGGCAGUUGGCUACGGACCGUGGACUCAAUCAGCAGCUUUCUUUGGCGAAUCACGGCACGUCAUCCGCUGUAACCUAUUCAGACCCUCACCGGUCGUUGCCGGGGUCGGCAGCAGAAGACCCUUCUGUGCAAAAUCUCAAGGGGUACUCUGACUCACGGCAACUGUCGCAAACAUUCGAGGAUAAUUCGCUUACAGAGCCGUUUCCGCCCUUUCCUACAACCCCCGAAACCCAUGAUUCAAUGCUUACAUCGCCGAACAUCAGCUCCCAUGGCCAGAGCAACGAUGGAGGCUCCACAUGAACCCACAACCCCGGAGCGGAUCUUUCAACGUGAUACUACUCAUGCAAGCGGAUAGGACACCAAAUACUCAAUCUCCGACAAGGUUUGCAGGCCAAACUUCGGACACCGGUGCACCGUGCUCUACUACUUGCCCAGGCACUGGGAAACUGAACUAUAUCUACCUAUUUAGCAAUAGUGGAUAGUGUAAUAUGACAUGACUUACGAGAG